UGGAGAAGGCGCAAGCGCGCGCGACCCGCGCGCUCAUCAUUAGCGGCUGCGCGCGCCCGGGACGCGCGAGUCUCGGUCCUGCGAGCAUCGAGUCGCUCACAACAACAACGACGACGACACUCACCGCCGCAACCGCCAACAUUAACUAUCAUUCGCAAUAACAAGCAGCCGACAGCAUAAUCCUCCACUGUUAGCGACGCAUAACCUGGUGCUUGACCAAACGAACGGGGCUUGUUCGGGUCAAAAUCGUAACCGAUAUUGAGAUGUGGAGCCAGGCGUGGACGGGUUGCCGGUGACAUAUGGUGUUGGCGGUGGUCGUGCCGCACACUCUCUCUCUCUCCGCUCCCGCGUCUCCCCUCGCUCCCUUCCCGUGACUCGCUCCCUGACGCGGGACGUUGUCGUCUCCCUACCUCCCAACCUCCCCACCUCCCCUUACCGCCGCGUCUCCCCCCCCCCCCUCCCGCGCGAGGCGGCUCCGCUGCCGGGUGGAGAGUGGUGGGUCCGCGCACUUUGACGCGGAUGGAUGAGAAGACUCUCAGCCUUCUAUUCAAAUCGGAUACAUUGCCCUCCAGAUAUUCUCAAACAUCGGGAAACACACAUUUCCCGAGCGAAAACGCCUCCAAUUGAGCGGGAUCGAGCGCGGUACAAGCGGCUCCAUGGAGGGGUCAAGUUUCGGCAUCGAUCGAAUUCUGACCGGCAAAUCGGAGCCGUCUCCCCGCGAGGACACCGGGCACCCGCCCUGCCCGCCCAGCCCGGGCAGCACGGCCUCUAGCCCCGCGUCCGAGCAGGCGAGCCCGAGGCUGUGCUGCGGCGAGCAGGCCUCAAUGGCGGAGAACGCCGCGGCGCUCCGCGGGGCUCAGUGCGGCCUCGCGCAGAAGGCGGCGCUGGUCGGAGCCGCCGCUCCCUUCAACUCGGGCGCUCGCCUCGCCUCGCUGCCGUCGUCCCCCGCGUCCUUGCUCCUCUCGCCCUCCUCCACGCUCUCCGCCGCCGCCGCCUCCGCCGCUCCCUCGGCGGCGAACGGGGACUCGAACUGCGACGCGCACGGCACGCGGCUCCUCCUCAAGGUGGCGGCGGCGGCCCCGCCCCCCGCUCAGCCACCCACGGGGCCCUUAGACGGCAGGAUUGUGACGUCAUCACCAUCGUCGACCAUCGUCGCCAUGGGUUCCUCGUCGACGUCGUCGACGACCUCGACGACGUCGUCGAGGUCGUCGACGCUGCCGUCAACCAACGCCUUCAACUCCUCCUCCUCGUCGUCGUCGUCGUGCUCAUCUUCGUUCCUGAUCCGGGACAUCUUGGGCGAGGCGAAGCCGCUCGCCACGUGUCCGCCCUACGCGACGCACGGGGCCGCCGGGGGUGCGGGUGGCCACGUGCGGGGGGACGCGGGGCCCGCGGGGGCCCUGGCGAGGAACGCGGCGGUGUGCAAGGGGGGCGCCGACACGUGCAGAGGCUCCUCCAAGCUUCUCGAGCACCCGCUGGACCGCGACGUCUCCUCGUCCUCGCUGGCCGCCGUGUCGGGCGUGGCGCGGCUCGCCCACCCGGCCGGGCCCGCGGCCGCUGCUGCGGCGGCGGCGGCGGCGGCCGCUGCCGAGCGCGAGCGCGAGAUCUCGAGCACGAGCGGCGCCAGCAGCUCUCGCGAGAGCCCUCGCGAGUCGCGCGCCAAGAAGCCCCGCAAGGCGCGCACGGCGUUCAGCGACCACCAGCUCACCCAGCUGGAGCGCUCCUUCGAGCGCCAGAAGUACCUGAGCGUGCAGGAUCGCAUGGAGCUCGCGAGCUCGCUGAGCCUCACCGACACGCAGGUGAAGACCUGGUACCAGAAUCGCAGGACCAAGUGGAAACGUCAGACGGCCGUGGGCUUGGAGUUCCUGGCAGAGGCCGGGACGUACGGCGCCCUACAGCGCCUCUUCCCCAACAACCCCGGCGCCGCCACGAACCUCUCGGCGGCCGCGGCCGCGGCGGCCGCCAUCGCGGGCGGCCACGCCUUCCAGCUCUACCCACCGCACCUCUCCGCCAUGGACCCAGCUGCGGCCGCCGCGGCCAUGUACCUAUACCGGGCUGGGCCAUCGCACGCGCAGCAGCAGCACGUGUCGCACGCGCACGCCCAGGCGCAGCACUCGGCGCACGUGCACCUGGGACACCGGCCCAUGUUCGGCUCGCCCCGUGUCCUCAUCCAUGGCGCGGGCCUGGGCCACCUGCCCGGGCACCCUCACUAGCGAUGGCUAUUUCAAACACAGAACACGGUAGCACUGCGACGCAGUGCGGUCGACAGCGCACUGUGUGGAUUCGCGUGGAGCGCCGUGCGUUACUGCGGAGGAGUCGGUGAAUGGGAGGACUGGGAGGAGGGCGAUGGGGUGCGGAGGCAGACAUGAGAAGGGUAUGGCGACAGUGCAAUGAGAAUAGCACGGAAGACAUUGGAUGGGGAGGCAGUAAAAUCGUAGGUGCAGAAGAGGAAGUUCUCGAGCCAGGACUUGAAUCGUGGAGGGUGUAGUCAGAAUUACGAUCAAAAGGGGACUUCCAGAGAACGGGGGCAGCAGAAGCGAAGGAGCAACCAUCCACUGAGCAGAUGUUGACUGGUAGGGUCGACAGACGAGGCCUUAAUUGCUGGACUUACAGUGGCACUGGGAGGACAGAACGAAAUGAGAUACGGGAAGAGAGGAAGACAGGGAGCAAACCCAUGCAUGAAAAGGCGACUAAUUCUCAUUGUCGAGUGCCAACACCCAGGAGAUUAAGGUGUGUUCGGUGGCAACGCGGAACUUCGUCACUGGGACACGUCACCUGUGAAUGUCAUGGAGAGGGAAUGGGCUUGGUAUUUAUGGUUAUAAGGUGCAAGGAGUGUGAUAAUUCAAGGUUGCAAGGAGGAGGACAGAUCGGUGAGGCAGAGCUGGGUCGACCGUAGUAGCUGGUACAUUGGCCCGAAAAGUUACAACGCGGCUGGGUGACACUGCGGUGAGAGCACUCGGCUUUACAACCUGAAGAGCACGAGUGUAAAUAUCAGCUGAGUGUCGACUCAACCCGUCAUCCCUCUGUGGUCGAUACAAAACGUACUAUGCUGCAGGAAGUCUACAGUGAUCGUCCUAUGGAGAGAAAUCAGAAUUUUCUGGAGGAGCAGUGGUGGGAAUAUACGUGACCGUUACUGAUGGUGUGUGUAUACUGGCCUAAGGGGCUAUUGUUAACUUGUCAGCUUAGUCGCGCUCCACCGGCGUGGUGUAAACGAGGUCUCAUUUCGCUCAAAGAAGGCUUGGCCCGUCUGAAAAAUGAACUAUAGCGCCAGCUCUACUCUAUAUUCAUACACAUAAGCAUGGCACUGCGUUCUGCGAGACUAAAAUUGGAAUUGGCCAAGCAUCUGAAUGCAAGCUCUUCCUGAAAAAAAGUUUUGAGAAUUGGGGAGACUUUCCUGGAUAUUUGGCGACAUAAAUUUCUCAAGUGUAUUGAAGCUGUAAAUUGGAUGUGUAACCCUUGAAAAAAUAUAUAUGUUUAAAAGAUUUAUAGUGUAACCUAGUUGGUCUAGAAAAAUAUAGAGUUUGGUGUGUAUGUGUGUGGUCCUGUGUGUGAUGGUAAUGAUGUAGCCUCUAGCAUAGCCAACCCUACGUUGUCUGUUUGGGCUCUGUGUAGAUGUGUAGCCCAAUUGUGUGACUCACACGUUUCAAAUCUAGCUAGCGAGUCUUGCCUAGUCCAGGCUAUUACCCCCACAGCUCAUGAGCCCAAAUGUAAUGUAGCUGAAUAUAUCAUAGCUGAUUUAAAGGAAGACCCAACCCAAAUGGCUAUUGUAUUAUUCUACAUUAACCAUGUCUACUCAUGGUAAUAAGGUGGUUGAAAUCUUCUUUGUAAAUAACCCCCCCCCCCAAAAAAAUCAUCAAAUCCGGACACAGGUCCGUGUGCCAUGAGUAUGGGUUUCAAAUUCCCCUCCUUGAGCUGGGCUCAGCAGACGAACGUGGAGCAUGCGGCGAGCAUCCUGACGGUAAGAGACGAGGGGCUCGAUUGCGGCUGUGACGUCACUAGAGGGCGUUAGACACGUGAAAGGCACGUGGCUGUGAAUGCCUUUGUUUUGUAUUUGCAUUAAGAACGUUAAACUGCGAGGAAGCCAAGGCUGCAAAGCCUAGAUGUGCAGGCCUGUCUGUAAAGCAACAUCUGGCAGUUUACUGGGUCGCGUCUUCCUUUAAGUUGGCAAUUAUAUUGCAAAGGGAAUGUACAGCAUUGCCGAAGGACACGCAAUUAUGUACAUAGAUUCACAAUGGUAACCAAGAUACUUUCAUCAAAGAUGGCGCGGUAACAUGGUGCCGAUCAGUACGGGUACGUAUGUAUGUAUGUAUGUUGAACUUCUUUCGCGCCGUACGUAGCCAACAGUGCUACAUAUAUGCUUGGGUACAUAUACGCUUAGGGUCUACACACCAAACCGUCAACUUAUUUUGAACAGUUUAAUUUAAAAUGAGUGUAUUUCGUAAGCAGGGGGUAGUGUUUGUAGAUUGUUUCACAUUAUGCGGGACUCGAGAUGUAAUGGUCGUUAUUAAAUGUCUUAAGUUAUUUGGGAUUUGCUGUAGAUUUCGAUUUGAAUUCGCAUAAAGCAACGGGCAGGCUUAGACAAGCCGCAACUUCGGUAACUCUUUGGUGCAGGUCACGAUGGUGUUUCUUCGGUCAACAAGUUCACAUCAGGACACAGGCUUACAAGAGGUUGUGCUCCACCCGCUCCAACAGAAACAACGUACGGACUCCCGUGGACUUCUUAGACACUCUUGGCCUCUGCAGCACGCGCUGCCCUGUAACUGAAGGCACCGCUCUGUAUCGGUGCGGGGCCAUCGCCUUGGAACUUUACUGGAUGGUGACUGAUGCGGGACGUUUGUGACCUCAACUGCAGCACCAAUACAAGCACAGAAACCCCACUCUAUGUCAGUCAGAGAUAACCACACACGCACACAAAAUGCUGCGUAAAGCCCUGGUGAUCACUCCGAACAGUGACAGCAGCAGUGACUGAGCGGAUUAGCACCGCCACUCUAGCCUGGUGCAACUCGAACUGUGAAUUCCCGACGUGAUCUAACUACGAACCAUGAACCACUGGGUCUUUUGUAAGCUUGGCACUUGGGUUAAAGCCCCUUCCCUCCACCCCCACAGAACCUUUUGAUUUGACUCAGAAAUGAGCAGGUGCGUGAUUCGACUCGGGACGGGACUUACGUGUGGUGCAUAGACUCUUCACAAUCAAUUCACUCCUGUCCAUACCACAGGUCAAUGCGUAGACUCCACACGCAUUGAGAACAGAGUUGGCAGAGAAGCCAUAACAUUGAUGGCGGUGGUGUGCGGGAGCUCCAGGAUGGUGCAACACGGUGCUCGGGUCACUGAGAGACCACGAAGACACUGAAUAUCAACUCGUCGGUAUUAAUGAAUCAUUGAUGCAUCCAAUACAGUCGGUUAUUAUACUCACGAUACGCACACCAGAUCGUGGGUGUAAAAAUGGACUAUUUUAGAUUCGGUGAAAACUAUAUGGGGAAAAGAAUUCUUCAGGCUAACGGUUGUAAGGAAGGAGUCGGCAAACGAGCGGGAGUAGAGGCGGUACAGACAAGACAGUACAAACGAUGAAACAAGACUACACAAACGCGACAGUACAUACGAGACAGUCUUAAACGAGAUGGGCAACGCAUUUGAAAUUGAGUCCACACGAGUAGCCCUGGUAAGGCAGCUGGAUUGUUUCCGUUCAACACCAACAACGUGAACACUCGUAGGGAAGGGCAGGCAUAGCGAGGAUUCGUGCAGGGCACGGACACUGUCGGUGACUUUCGCCUUUUCUUCCCAUAGCCCCGAGUCCUUGUCCCCCACCUAUAAAUCCUUUUUUAUUUUACCAGGUAAGGCCCACUGAGCUAUUUUGCAAUUUUUUUUAGAAGCGACUUGGCCGCUAAUGAUAGUUCAAUUAAGUGGCCUAUCACGUGUAAAUGUAUA